AUGGUGCUAGGACUGGCAAUGUGGAAAGUAGAAAUGCAGACGGCCUGCUUUCUUGGUUAUCGAAUGAAAAUUGGCCUGAUAGUUAUCAUCAUCAUGGUACUUGGAUUCUUUAAUGAGAGUCAAGGUACUGCACACUACGGAGAGGACAGUAUCGGAUCAUUUCCCUACUUUGAAUACACUGUGCCAAGGAACGUCACUACCGUCGUUGGUCAGACUGCAUUUCUACACUGUAGAGUCGAACAGCUAGGGGAUAAAGCGGUAUCUUGGAUACGUAAAAGAGACCUCCACAUACUAACAGCUGGGAUUUUGACAUAUACAUCUGAUCAGAGAUUUCAGGUGAUUAGACCGGAUAAAUCUGAGAACUGGACGCUACAGAUAAAAUUUCCACAAGAAAGAGAUGCGGGCAUUUACGAAUGUCAAGUAAACACUGAACCAAAGAUGUCAUUAGCAUUCCAGCUAAAUGUUGUCGAAGCCAAGGCGCAUAUUCUAGGGCCAGCUGAUUUGUAUGUUAAAACUGGAAGUGCUCUAGCCCUCACGUGCAUACUCAGCCAAGGCCCGCACGAUCUCGGAACUAUAUUUUGGUAUAAGGGAUCAAAUAUAAUAGAGUAUAAGGAAGUGGAAGGAAAUGAACUGUCAAUGGAGCCGAGGAUCCGGCUGAUGACAGAGUGGACGGAGCAACUGACGUCGCGGCUCACGAUCGAAAAACUGACACCGAGCGACAGUGGCAACUACAGCUGCGUACCAACGAUGGCGGAGCCAGCUUCCGUGAAUGUUCACGUCAUUAACGGAGAACAUCCAGCGGCGAUGCAGCACGUGCUG